GCGGGCCUUGCGCAGGAAGAAUUGUUAGCAUAAUAUGAAAAGGGAAAUGUAAUUAUUUUACCAGACAUGGCGAAUUAAACAUGCGGGUGUCGGAUAGAUUUUCCGUUUUAUAUCCUAACAUCUUGCUGUUGCCAACAAGCAGACUGUCUAAUGAUGACAAUGUCAUUUUACGAGAGGGUUCGGGGGAUGCCCCGUUAAAAUCGUUUCCUCGUCUGAAACCAGCGUUAUCCCCGAGUGUCGAACUGAGCUUGACAGUUGUGUAUGUAUCACUGUAUGCACUGUUGUUCUUAAUAGUGUAUGUGCAGCUAUGGAUGAUUUGGUACUAUCGUCACAAACGUUUCAGUUACCAGACAGUGUUCUUGUAUCUGUGUUUGUUGUUUUCUGGUCUCAGGGUGUCCCUCUUUUCCUUUUACUUCAACAACUGUGAUUUGGCUAAUGACCUGCCAUGGCCAGUCUAUUGGAUUUUAUAUGGUUUGCCUGUCUGUCUUCAGUUCACGACAUUGUGUCUCUUGGUGUUGUUCUUUGCUCAGGUUGUCUUUAAAGCUAGAGCUAAAUAUGAACCAAGCAAAUUCAAGCGUCCAUUGCGGGUCUUGGUAAUAAUUGCCAUUAUCUUGUUCUUCGUCUCAAACAUUGUGUGUGCAAUGAUAGUUAAGCUACAUGAAAAAUCCUACAAAUCAAUUCCAAUGGAACUGCUGUAUGUUCGUGUUGCUAUUAAUGAAACCUUAUUUGUGAUUUUCGGAAUUCUUUUAUCCUUCUGCAUAUACAAAAUGUCCAAGUUGUCUUCAUCCAGUUUGGUGUUAGAGGCAAAGGGAACAACGAUGUGUCAGGCAAUUGCUGCCUGUGUUGUGAUCUUACUUCUGUUUACCUCGAGAGCAGUGUACAACUUUAUAUCUAUAUAUCCAGCAGUUAAGUCACGCAUGCCAGGCUUUGGUUAUGACUGGGUCAAUGUUUCUGACCAGGCUGAUAUCACAAACCUACAAAAAGGUUAUGCCUAUGUUUCCUUUGGAAUUGUACUGUUUGUGUGGGAGGUCCUUCCAACAUUUGUGGUAGUUUUAUUUUUCAGAGUUAAACGGGCAAUUAAUUCUGUGUCUCUGAGCGACAUAUCAUCACAUAGUAGUUCAAAAGUGUUCUUUUUUGAUAAUCCACGUCGAUAUGAUAGUGAGGAUGAUCUUUCUCAAUCAGUUUCUCAUUCAGCCAGUCCAUAUGAAAUCAGUAAUGCACAUUCUGUGAACUAUGGAAGUGCGAGAAACACUCCAAAGGGUACUCCAAGAGGGACACCCAGUCAAAGAGGCUUUACAAGAAUGGCUCCUCGGACUGGCUACGGCUCCAUCAUGAGUUCAAGUCUCCCUGCUGGCAGAGUUGCUUCUCCACCUAAUCAGUAUGGCCACGGAGGACCGUAGUAUUGUGUAUUUAAACUGUCAGAGGUUGUAAUAUCGUGUAUUCACAGUAUGACAAGUUGUAAUUAUUCUUAUUAUAUUUAUGACAAGAUUGUUUUUUGUAAAUUGAGAAAAGAAAAUUGUCCUUUUUUAUUUAGAAGUGCAUGUAUGUUCUUACAUUGUGGAAUGUAUCGAUUUUGAAAUUGAAAAGGAUCAGAAAAUUAGUGAGAUUUGUUGAAAAAUGUGUUGGUUCCUGUUGAAAUAAAUAUAUUUCAUACAACAUGAAAUGGUUAAAAUGAACAAACUGUUAAUCUGUUAGUUUUUGUUAAUUAGCUUGUAAUAAUCAAAUGGCUAAUAUAACUGUCAAGAAUGUGACUUCACAUUGUUUUGUAAGAACUCUUUUUUUUUAUAAAUUUUUCUCUCCAUUUAUUUUCUUAAUUUGUAAAAUACAAUUACGUAUUUCACCUAUGUUCAGAACAGACUACUUAGAUAUCUGAGGUGUGUGCCUAGACGAGCAUGUUUAAACCUUAAAUGGAUUUAGGCAUGAAAAUUACAGGCCCGUUGGAACGACUUUGGGAGUGUAGGGGGUGGUGGGGGGCACUGAUGGAUCGGGUGCAAACUCUAUAUCAGAUAUUGGUUACAAUGGCAAACAUUAAUGUGAUAGAAAAAAAAAAUGCUCACAAGUGGAGGGCAUGUCUUCUCCCCAUCCCACCUCCCCGGUUCCUACAGGGCUGAAAUAAAUAGAAUGGAUGAGAUGUAUCCAUAGUAUUACUGUUUCUGUACACUUCACAUUCCAUUGUAUGAUUAUGUACAUACAGGUAUUUUUGUAUAUUGCAUUUUCAUAGUAACAUUGUGGGGUGUGGUAUGCUGAUGUAAUUAUAUUAAUUCAAGCUGCUUGAACAUUCCAUAACUUUUGUGUAAUAGUAUAUUCUAAACUUAUUAAAUAUAACAUAAUAUUGUGAAAUAUAUUCCAAUAUAACACUAGUAUGAUAUAUUGGCCUGAGUUUUAAGGCUGGUAGAUGCUGGGUUAGUGUUGCAGUGCUGGGUCCAAUCCAGAAUUAAUUCAUAACUCUGAAGGCUGGUGUAAGGCCAUUAUACUGGUUUAGUAGUACCUCUCACUAACCACUAACCAUUGACCCCUGUCCUGGACAGAAAGGCUAGAUAGCUGAUAUGUGUGCUUAGGACAACAUGUUUGAACCUCGACUAAAAUGUAAAUAAAAGAAGGAAAGAACAAUAUCUGUUAAUCAUACUUAAAGACAUAAAAUGUGUAUACCAAACAAAUUUAUUUAACUUUUGUUAUGUAAUUUGCUUCAUUAAUAACUCUGCUGAAUGAUUUAUUGCUUGGUUGUUGUGAUCAGUACAUGUUUUAGGCCAAGUGUGCCCACAAUACACCAAUAUUAAUUUAUUGUUUGUUUCACAUAUUAUGGUAGUUCAAGUGUCAGUUAUAUGAGGGUGAUUGUUAUGUAAGACGUUUAUAGACAGUUUGAUGGUACUUGAGAAGAUUGUCUUGGACAUGAUAAACAGUCUGUCGGUUUCUAGAAUACAAUUAAUCAGUUUACAUGUACAUAAUUAUUUUUAAAAUAGCAUUUGUAUUUAGGUUUCAUGACAAAUUUUCAUAAUUUCUAUUGUUAUGUUCUUGAAUAAAAAAUUUAGAUUAUGGGCUAAAAAAAAUUAUAGACAAAUAGCAAUAUCAUGUGCUGGCAUAUAAAAUGAUGUUUUCCUUCCAGCCAUCCAGACAUAUGGCUGCCUGGAUUAAACUUUUGUUAACCUUUAGUUAAAAUUCAUGUCAAUAUGAAAUAUGUGUAAUAUGAGUUGUAAAUGAAUUUAAAAUGAUCAAAUAAAUGUAGCACAAAGAACAAUGUUACAAUUACAAAAUCUUAAGUAGUUGCAGUAGUCUUGGGUUAUUUUUAACUCUGGGAUAAAACCGAUUUCAUUAUUUCCAGCCUUAAAGCAAGCAUACAUUUACAGGUAUGGUUGAAAUGGAUUUAAAAAAACACAAAAAAAAACCUAAUAUACUGUGAUAAACUAUUACAAAAUUAAUAUAGAAAUUUUGCUCUAAAUUCCAGAGUUGAUGAAGCAUUAUUUAUCAAAUGGUACCAUUUUUGCCUCCCACAAUAGGUAACAAGAACUAUUAACACCUCUUUAACACCACAGUCAAAAUAUAUGUAUACAGUUUACGUUCUAUGUAUUUGUAUUAAUGGGUUUUGGGUUGGGUUUUUUUUAUACACUUCUGUUCAAACAUGGUAUAUGAAAUGUUAAUUAAACUGAGGUUUUACAUGAGAAUUUAUUAGGUUUAAUUUCUUAUGCAUCUUCUAACAAUUUUCAAUUGGAAUUUUUUUUAAACCAGAAUUUUUUAUACCAUUUUUCAGUCAUAACUGCUUUUUAUAUGCCCAUCUAUGAUGGGUCGUAUUAUGGUGUGGCAUUGUUCAUCCGUGGCGUUGUCCAUCCGUACAUCCGUCUGUUAACUUUUUCUUGUCCGGACCAUAUCUUGCAUACAGAUGCAUAUAGAACCAUUAAACCUCACAUGUAGGAACAACUUUGGAUGGCAGUGUGUCAUGUACUAUUACUAGGUCACUGUGACCUAUUUUUCACAGUCUAUAUGCAUAUAGGACCAUCAAACCUCACAUGUAGGAAUAACUGGGGAUGGCGGUUUGUCACAUACUAUUACUAGGUCAUUGUGAACUACUUUUCAUGGUCUACUGCACAUAACAGUAAAUCCUUGUUCGGACCAUAUGUUGCAUACAUAUGCAUACAGGACCAUCAAACCACAUGUAGGAACAACUUGGGAUGGUGGUGUGUUGCGUGCUAUUACUAGGAUACUGUGACCUACUUAUCACGGUCUACUGCACAUAACAGUAAAUCCUUGUCCGGAUGAUAUCUUGCAUACAGAAUCAUCAAACCUCACACUUAGGAGCAACUUGGGAUAGCUGUGUGUUGCGUACUAUUGCUAGAUCACUGUGACCUACUUUUCAGUCUACUGCACAUAACAGUAAAUCAUUGUCCUUAUCAUAUCUUGCAUACAAGACCAUCAAACCACAUGUAGGAACAACUUGGGAUAGUGGUCGGUCCAAAACAAA